ACAUCCCAUAACAUUGAUGGGAUGAAAGGAUGAAGUGUUCACUGCUAUAUUAUGGCUAAAACAUUAAAUUUAAGAGUCCACAAAAGAAGUUACAGCGAAAACAGCAAUCUAAAUGAAGAAAUCUUGAUUAAUCAGAAGGAUGUUUCAGAUGUUGUUGUGGGAGAUGUAGUAGAAAUCUAUCAUAUCGAGGAUGAGGAAAGUCGUCUGCUGUUACAAGUGGCGUCAUUAUCAGACGAAUUUCAACAAAAAGGGAUUGUCAGCAUUGAGCAAAGCAUUGCCACAACAUUCCAGCUUAGAGCAUACAAAGAUGUCAUUGUCAAAAAAGUGGACCCAAAGAGUGUGUCGUUGGACCUGGUGGAGAUGCUGUUUAAGGAUCAGUACUUCAGCAGGAGCGAUUUCUGGAGGCUGAGGAAUGGAAUCAUCGACUCGUGUGUGUAUCUCAACAAAAAGAUCGAACAUGCUGAAAUGAGACCGCAGGUGAUGGAGAUGUGGUCCAGAGGAGAGAGAGUCAUGUGUGGAACUAUAACGGAAGAGACACGGAUUGUGUACCGGUCGUCCACAGCAGUCGUCCAGAUCUUUAUCCAGAUGAGCAGUGAGAUGUGGGACUUUGAUAUUCUCGGAGAAGACCUCUACUUUGAGAAAGCCCUCAAUGGCUUCCUUACUGACCUGUUUGCCAAAUGGAAGGAACAGAACUGUCUUCAUGAUGUCACAAUUGUCUUGUUUUCUCGGACGUUCUAUAAGGCACAGUCACUCGAGGACUUUCCUGAUUACAUGAGAGAUUGCAUAGUGUGCGACUACAAAGGAAGAUACUACCAGGACUUUUACAGGAUUGUGGUACAGAACGAGCGAUACGAUGACUGGACAACCACCAUGAUGCUGUUGCGUAAACUCUGUAAUACGUAUAAAGAUAAAAUUCUGAACUACCACAGACAGAGAGGGCACAAAGUUCCAGUGGCAUACAACUCCAGGGCGGCUCAAGGCAACUUUCUGGAAACGCUCAACAUGUCCCUCAACCUGUUUGAGGGUUACUACAUUGACAGGAACUUUGAUAGAACUGGUAAGGUUGCCGUGGUAAUCACCCCAGGAGCUGGAGUGUUUGAGGUGGACAGGGAACUAGCCAACAUUACCAAACAAAGAACUAUUGAUUGUGGGGUGGGCAGUGACUUGGUUUGUAUGGGAGAACAGCCCCUUCAUGCUGCUCCAUUAUUCAAGUUUCACAACAAACAUGCCAAGAACUCGCUAGAGGUGGGGGACGACUACAACAUUCCUCACUGGAUGAACCACAGUUUCUACAUUUCCAAAAGUCAGAUAAAAGCUCGUUUACAAGGAUCGUUCAUCCCAAGAAUUAAACCACCCCCAGAGUUUUUUGAAGCACAGAGAAGGCCUGGUGACAGAAAAUUGAUUGCACAUUCUCCCAACCAGUCGGAGGACGAGGAUAAUUUUCCCUUUGUAGAUUAUGAUGAGUAUGAUGCCCAGAUCUGGAAACUUCCCACCCCAAACUCAACAAGGUUUGGGUCUUUGAAGAGUCCCUACCAUGCUAGGAGGGAGCCCCAAACACUGGCAGAAGCCAAACAGAUAAAGAAACCCAGAAAGAGAAAUGUCUCAGAUGAAUACUCCAGCUUCGUUAUAGAGAAGGGGGAGAGGAGGGGGUCUCCAGCCAUCAACAUCCCCACCCUGGCACGGUCCAGCAGCACCGAGGAUGUCUCUUCCUCUGUCGGCUGUUAUCCCAUCGUCAAAAAAAUAUCAAGUAAAGAAUCAAACAACUCGUCAGAGACAGAGGAAACCUACUUCUCCAGGAGGAUUGUGGGUAGUGCUGAAUCCCCGGUCGGGUACUCCAGGAGGCACAUUCACCAGGCCAAGUCACGACGAGCCCUUAUCAACCCGUUUGCUCCGUCCAGAAUGCAGUUCAAAAUGACGUCCAACAGACGGCGAUGGGUGCACGCUUUCCCCACAGACCCACAAGGUGCUGCUGUACAGACCCAUCAUUUUCACGUUUACAAUAAGAAGGGUUCAUCAGCAUUAUUAGAGAAAUUGAGCCGGGAAUCAGCUAAGAUGUCACAAUUGUCGAUGGACAUGAAAAAACAGCCCUCCUUUACUGUACAGGAUAGCAGUGAAAAAUGUUCAGAACCUAGCAGUUUGAAUCGCGCUGCCAGUGGCCUGGUGACGGAGGAGAAGGAGUUUUAUGUGGGGUCAGUCGACAGUUGUAAGAGUAUAUCCCCGACCAGCAGCCUGCAGAAUCUAGAGCGGUUUGGGCACAGCUCUUCCCUGGGCUCGACCAACUACAGUAGCACCAUGGAUGGGGGGCUCCAGGGAGGCAGAGUCCUCAGACACAAGACCAGGGAAAACCGCUCCUACCUGUGGGGCCCCACAGGGGAACAGGAAUGGAGCCCGGACAUGACUACAGGCCAGGACUGGUUUCCUGCACAUGGUUGCCAAACUGAAUCCCGUCUCAUCAAGCCAAUACUAACUGCAGACAUUCACUCGCAAAAUUUCUGUGCUGGAAUAAGCGUGGACUGGAAGUCGCUGACUAUGCCCGCCUCCCUUCCCAUCACCACGGACUACUUCCCGGACAAACGGAGUCUGGAGAACGACUACACAGUAUCGCAGUACACACUGAUCCCGGAAGACGUGAACAGUGAAUACUACUCGAGCCCCCCAGUCUCGGAGGACGACAGAUUCUACAGAAGAAAGCCCCUGUUAGUGACAGAGCUGUUUAGGGAGCUGAUUUCCCAGAGGCUGGCCCAGGGAUUCCAGAUCAUCACUAAGAUGAAGGCAACCAUGCGGUCCCAGGAGACGUUGGUCGGUUCCUCUCCCCAGUACCCACUCACCUCCAGUCUCAUCAGGGCCCGGCCCCGGUCUGGACCUCAGGAAGAGAUUUAUCUCAGCAUUGGAUUGAUAUUUCACAAGCUGACCCUUAGUGGACAAACGAUUCAAGUCACACAAUACAGACCGAGACAUGAACAGAGGCAGCUAAAGUACCUGUACCGCUACCGUUUCCAAGUCCCCGACUCACUCGGUUACGACAUCUCCACGAGCGAAUUCCGAAACGAGAAGCUGGAAAACUACAACUGGAAUUAUCUAGAUCAGUACAUCUGCACUCGUGGGGAGGGGGACUAUGGGUUAUUGGAUCCUUUGAAAUACUGGAGAGCAAGAUUUUUUCUGUUGCCAUGUAAUAAUCCAGCUACGAAGAAAAUCAUUGAAGGAAAUGAUCGCAGGUUAUUCCACAGGUGUGAUAUCUACAAGACUAAGAGCAAACAAGAACUUCAGCAGUUGAUUAGUGGAUUUGUCCGCUUCCUGGAAACUCUGAACAAAAUCAGGAGAACAGCGCAGACCAGGAGACCGAAGCAGCAUUCAGGAGACAAUGUAUCCACUACUCCUUCAACAGAUCAGCAGACCGCACAAACCAGCCAGAAAGAAGCGGUGGUUCUAUCGACGUCCAUGCCGUCAUCCAAACUGGUGGAAGCCAUGAGAGAUCCUCAGACAGGAUUACCCAUGAUUCCUAAACAGACUGGUCUGCCGGAGAACUGUUUUAUCGCGGAGGAAGCUGUUGACUGGUGCAUCCAGAACAUACAGGAAGUGAAGGACGUCGGUGCUGGCAUCCAUCUUAUGCAGAGACUACAAGAUGAACACUACGUUUGCCAUUCCUCAGGAAAUGCUCAUCACAAGUUCAUCCAUGGUUUCUAUCUCUACAACAUUGUGUCACCUAAAGACAAACCUAAAUCUGAUAUGUAUGGACCUGUUUACAAUUAUUUGUUCCAAAACGAGUGGUGUGAAGUGUCUAUUCUGCCGGUGGAGAGGGAGAGGUCUGAGAUAGCCCUGUUUACGACAGACGAGUCUCCGUGCCAGGUCUCCGAACUGUGGGUGGACCAGUCCUGUAAUGACUGGCGCACUCUGUCCGGUAUAGACUCCGGGGCUCAGGGCUGGGGUCAACUCGCAGGUUCUCGAGUAAACUUGUGUGCAAUCAAAGCGACUCUGACUCACAAGUACGUCCAUGUGGAGGUGGAUGUUAAUAACAGGAGUGACCGGCCAGAGUGGGCGUCGGCCCGUUACCAUGCCUACUACAGUCCAAAUGCUGCUUUUGAAUUACAGAUCCAAUGGAUGGUGGCAACAGGAUCUAUCCUUGGGGAUCUGGUGACCACUUGGGGACGUAAGGCCCAGGCUUGUGGAUUCCAUCUUCUGCCUGUACCUGGUGACCCUUUUGCACUGCCGUCUGCCCCCGAUUCCGACCCCCUCAGAGGCCCUAUUUUUGUUCCAUUGGACAUUGCUAGUUUGUCUCAAGGAGGAAAAGCAAUAUUUCAUGAGUUAGAUUCAGACGCAAAAUCGAAAAAACUGUUUCACUUUCAAGAUGAAAUCAUCAAAAGGUAUGGUUUCAUGCCGAUCAAUGUGUGCGUUUCCCCGACUCACCGUCACGACCAGACAGACGAUCAACAGCAGUACAUUCACUGCACAGGGGGAAUGUUCAGUCUCAUAGAGAGUAGCCAUCUUGUGUCGCCGAAAGUCGUCAAAACAACACCCAGUCGAUUUAGCAAAAAAUCUGCUGGGGAACUCCGCAAGGAUUACAUAGCAAGACAGAACAGCAACACGUCAAGUUCGGAUGUUGUUACGAAAAAUAAGACUGGAUUCCUGUGGUCCUGGAAUUUCAUGUCGUCAAAGAGAUGGCGGUCGCCGAACACUGGGGACGAGUCUUUUCAGGACAAGAUGUUGGCAGACUUUCGGCAAUUUUGUGCAAAUGAAAACAACAGACUGACGGAGUUUUGGAAUGAUUUCAAAAUGUCUGCUUUGUAACAAUGUUUCUGAGUAUUUCAUGGAGUUGGUGCAAUUUAACACAAAAAUAAUAACUUUCAAAUUGUUGAAUUUUAUGAAAUUUAUUGAAUAAAUAGUUUAAAAGUU